AUGUUGGUGGAAUCGGGGCCCAUCGAGGAGCAGUGCUAUUUCGGAGUGCUAAAGACAUUACCGCUUUUAUGCACUCCGACGGGAGAAAGCGAGCCGUGUUAUCGCCAUUCGUAUUAUGACGAAGGUAAGCUCUUAAAUACCGGGGCGCUUGCAAAUUACCUAAGACUAGUAUACUUUUAAAAAAUUACAGAAGCAAAACAAAUCGUCCACAAGUAUACCCUGUCUUUCAUGGCUAAGAAGGUUUGCUACAAGCUCUACUCGAUGUAUAAAGGCGAAAAGCGUUUCUGCGCUAAGGACUACGACACAUUGCGAGCUUGCUACCCUCACCAUUCAAUGGAACUCCUGUAA